AUGUGGGGAAUCUGCAGUCCAGAAGGAUUUUUGUUCGACUGCGAUAUUUAUUGUGGUAAAGAUUCUUCUGUUCAAUGCGAAAAAUUAUCAAUUUUAAAUAAAUGCGCCUUGGGAAGUCCUGUCGUUUUACAAAUGGUUUUUAAGUUGCUUUCUUCCACUAUUCCGAUGAAAUUACAAAAGUAUCAUUUAUAUUUUGAUAAUUUCUUUACUAAUCCGGACCUGUUAGUCCACUUGAAAAAGCUUGGUCUACAAGCAACGGGAACAGUAAGAAAUAAUCGGGUAAAUGUACAAAAUUCGCUGAAUAAAAACGCUGCAAGAGGCACUUAUGUUGUACAACACGAAAGGAAUAGUGGAAUGAAUUACAUAACAGUUAUGGAUUCCAAACAAGUAUCCAUACUGUCUACGAUGUCUGGUGUUACACCAAUAGGAAAAGUAAAACGCUAUUCUCCAAAUGAAAAGGAAAGAAUUGAAAUCGACUUCCCCAGAAGCUUUUUGUAUUAUAAAAAAUUUAUGGGAGGAGUCGAUUCACACGAUGCAUUUUGCAGUAAAUUGUUGCCUCCUAUAAGAGCAAAAAAAUGGACAUGGUCCAUUCUUAUGCGAAUUGUGCAAUCGUCACUGAGUAACGCAACUGUGCUUCGAAACCUCGCUUCAUAUGAUAAAAAAACAAAGGUUUAUCUUUAA